AUGGCAGCGCUCGAGGGCUUCGACGUGGAGGCGUAUGCCGCCAAAUACAGCGGACGCAACCGAACCGAGCGGCUGUUGUUCCUCACUCAGGCAUGCCCCGCGCUGGAGGCAGAGUCCAAGCGCGCUCUACUUCGAGAGCUCAAGGGGAGUCUGAAUAUGGGACUUUAUGCGGAGUUGCUUGGCGAGAAGGUGAAAGACGAGGCCAAUUUCAUUGACAAUGUGAAGCACAACGCGGCACAGCAGCACGAGCGACUGGAGCAAGAGCUCAAUUCAUAUAAGUCCACGAUGAUCAAGGAAAGCAUCCGGAUGGGUCAUAACGACUUGGGAGAUUUUUACUACGAGUUGGGGGACUUGGCCUCUGCGCUGAAGAGUUUUGCUCAAGCACGAGAUUAUUGCACCACGGAUAAACACAUUAUUGAAAUGUGUCUAAACGUGAGCAAAGUGGCACUGCACAUGCGCAACUUCGGCCAUGUCACCAACUAUUUGACAAAAUUGGAACAAGUGAGCACUUCCCAGAGUGACCCCAUCCUCAAGUCGAAGAUCGCGUCGGCUUUUGGUCUUGUGGCUCUGCACGAUAAGAAUUACCACGGAGCGGCUUCCAAGUUUAUUGAGUGCAGUGCGGAGAUUGGCGCGAGUUAUAAUGAAGUACUGCAUGCUGAGGAUAUCGCACUGUACGGCGGAAUUUGCGCUCUGGCGUCGUUCAAGCGUGAAGAGUUGAAGGAGAAAGUGAUCAACAACUCGUCGUUCAAGGCGUUCUUGGAGCUGCUUCCAUGGCUGCGUGAACUCAUCACGGACUUUUACUCGAGCAACUACGCGUCGUGCCUGCAGACACUGGAGCGAAUGAAGCCCGAGCUGAAGCUGGACUUGUACCUGUGCGAGCAUGUGGAGAACUUGUGCAAGGAGAUUCGCAGUCGUGGGAUUAUCCAGUACUUCUUCCCGUACCUUUCCGUGGACCUGCAUCAGAUGGCUCGCACUUUCAACACCCCGAUGGCGGAUCUUGAGAAGGAGAUCUGUGAGCUGAUCGCUGCAGAGCGUCUCCACGCACGAAUGGAUUCGUAUCAAAAGGUGUUGUAUGUUUACCACCCGAACCAGCGCGCUGCAACGUACGACCGUGCGUUUGAAGUGGGUCGCAAGUAUGCAGCGGAGUCGCGCAACCUGCUGCUGCGUAUGAGCUUGCUCAAGAACAACAUCAUUAUCCGCGACUCGUAA